AUGUACGUCUCCAAGGUAUCUGCAGCCCUUCUGUGCUUGGCUGUUGGGGUUUCAGAUGUAGCUGCUGGUCCCUGCAAGCCUGAGUCAAGCCAGACACUAACUGGAAGCUCUUUGGGGGCAACAAGCUCGGUGCUCGAUGUUGCCUCAACGUCUACUUCGAUUGUAUCCUCAGCCGAGACUACGCAUGUGCGUCCCGAUAAUGAGCUUUCUUCGACAGUCUCCCUUGGCUCCUCUUCAGUUGAAAGUUCUCGGAAACCACCAAGCACCUCUACAGCGCCAGGCAACGAACAACCUAAAAUCUUCACCGGCUUCGCAACAUGGGUUGACCAAAACGGCGCCAUGGGUGAUUGCGGAUGGGUCAGCCAGAACACCGACUUUGCCAUCGCCCUAGAUUACCGAAAGUAUGAUCGGAGCAUGUGCGGUCAAAAGAUUCGCGUCACUGCGACUUCUGGUCGACGUAUCGGGCUUCUAUCGACGUCACCAUUGUCGACUCUUGUUUUUCCUGUAGGAAACGAAACUCAUUGGAUCUGUCGACGGCUGCGUUCGCGUAUUUUCGGCCACUGGAGGAUCCGGUGUUAG